AUGAACGCUGGAGCACAGAAGUGGAGCCGCGCCCUGACCCGUGUUGCGCCGCCGCAGCCUGCUGGCCAGCUUGAAGAGCGCCAUUUCAGCUCUACAGCAACGACUUGUCACCCCGGCGGUUCUGGCUUCGCCGUCGGCCGUCACUCAACCGCUGAAACCUCAACCGCUAGGCUCUACUCCGCCGCCGUGCCCGAUCUGGCAGCCAUUCCCUCCGGCCGUCAUCUGCCACCGGUGUUCACCCCCAGGCUGGCGUCUAUCAGCCUCCCGGCUCGUUCGGCGAUCAUGUCGGGCAAUGCUUUCCUUCCGGAGCCAGCCAGCCUUCUGCCGACCCAUACGCUCACGCGGCUCACACAGGCUCCCAUCAUGUCCGCCGGAUUCGACAGUGCCGCACAUUAUGCCACCGGAUUCGACCACGCCGCUAGGGUCAACACUCAUCCAGGACUCAACCAGUCCCCCGCCACCUUCCUCCCCCCGGCCGCUAUUAAUGUACGGGCGAGGCCGGCGCAGGUUCCCGGCGGUCUAUAUACUCAUCCGGCCGCUCAUCCCAAAGCUGCUCAUCCCGGCCAACACCCCUCCGCCGUGCCGAGCCAGAAUCAGCCUCCCGGCGGCCCCCACAUCUACGUCUCCUCCGCCAUAGGCCACAGCACGCCUAAUCCACACGGUCCUGCCGUGGCUCCCGAGAUUGACGCCAUCGCCAGGUCGCUCCCGUCGCCAUCCGGCGCACCCGUGGAUGUCAUUUACGUCAGGCAUCCUAGCGAGAUAGAGAGUGCUGAAGCCAGGCGUGGAAAUAUCUUGAGCUUACAACAUCAGAGGCAGCUUGUUCAGCGCGACCGCGAUCGAGCCAUCCGUGCCCAAUCCUUCUCUCGGCUUGACGCCAGCCUCCAUCGUCUUGGCCGUAGGCUUACCGAUCAGGUCGCCAAGUAUGAGAGUGCCUUGGCUCAUAUGAUCACCCAAGAUGCAGCCCUAGACAGGAGUCUCCCUAAUUCGGCGCUGCUUCCGCCGUCUGUGCCUUUUCAAUUCCACGCGCCUCCCCCUGCCGCCGCUGCCUCGCCGGCUUUCCCUGUUGCGCCUCAAACCGCCAGCUGGCACUCCUUCUUAUGUCGCGAGGUUGGCGAGCUCUCGCCGUCUCCAUCUGCCCCACAGCCUUCCCCGCGGAAAGUUGACAACACGGAGCACGACGUUCGUGGCCAGCCCGCCGGACCACUAGGCAGCAAUGACGAGCUUGAUAAGCCUGACAAGUUUGACGAGCUCGACGAGCUACUCAAUGAAUCUGACGAGUCUGAUGAAGCCGGCGGCUACAUCCGCGAAGAGAAGUGCAAACGCGGACACGCCGACCAGGCUUCCUGGGUCGCGGCGGAUCUCAAGAAUUUCGUAAAAUACCGCCCGGCGUACCAGAGCUAUUGUGAAGAAAAGGACAAGGAGGAGUUGUCAGGGUGGUUGAGAGUGGAUAACAAGAUCACCUUCUCGCAUUUAUGCGGCCAUGCCUGGUGCAAGAGUUCGUUUCACAUCGGGCUGGAGCGGCUGAGCAUCAACGUGGGCCGAGAAGCGUGCUUCCGCGAAGCGGACGCGGCAUUGAGACGUGUGGACGGCGACAUCUCGAAAAGUCCCGAGCGUUGUCAGGUGCAUGAUGGGCCUUGCUUGUUGCGUGAACGCUGCGCCGCUCCUCAUUGGUGUCUAUCGAACGAGUACCUUUGCGCCGGCAACAUCUCUGUUGAUGACUUGACGGAAAUCCAGGCCGGGUUCCCAUUUGCGGCCAACAUGGUAUUGUUCCACAGCGCACGAGGCCAGACGUCCGACUGGGGUGAGAUUCCCAGCUUGGCGACCAACCUAAAUUCGGGCAUAACCUUCACGAAAGAGGAUCACGACGUGCUCUUUGGUGACCCCGUUUUUGCGGAAGGAUCCCACUACAACCAAGCGGGCGACUUCCUAAACAUCGUCCCUGGCAUCAAGCAUUUCGAGGCCGGUGAUCCAUUCGGCGACUGGCCGCAGUUGGCCACUCUCAGAGUAUCCAGAAACCCCUGGAAGGCGACCUUUUCGCUGUGUUCUGGAUUUUUCAGCGCCGUCUCAACCCCAGCGGCAUCAUCGCAGACGACAUCGAGCUCGGCAUGGCGUGCACCAUAUGUAGCACUAUACCCGCGACGUCAAUACUUCGCCAGUGCCGAGAACAUUCACGCUAACCGCCGCAAGCACGUCCCUCCUUCCAGUGCCAUGAAGGCCCAAGAUCCGGUGGCCAAGCAUGUCAAGGGCGAAUAUGUGUUCGUACUGCAGUGA